GUGGCUAGUCUAACGUUCCCGUCAACCGUCAGGUUGAACCACAGUCUGGUGACUACGCGCAUUUGACUCCGGCGACUUUUCGCACAUCCGAUAUUGGACUAUUUGCAUCAAGCACCGGCAAGCGAGCAUCGCGAGAGGCAAGAGCGCGAAGAGGGGUAAAGUGUGUGGGAUUUGGUCGACAAACCUGAAAUCUGGAUUCAGAAACUUCGGACUCGGGGUAUUUCCCCUCGUCUGAGUCGGACCAGACAAAGCGCAGACGCGGGAUGGCGGCUCCAAGGUCCCCUGCUAGGAGUAGAAGUAGAGCACCCAGCAUGGCGAAUCCGAGAGCAUCAGCUCCGAUUGUGGUAGAUUUGCCACCGCAGAAUAGACCGCCGAUUGUGAUAGAUGCGCCCGGGUUGAGUGGCGGGAGGGGGAUGUUUAAAAGAUUGAUUGUUGCUUGUGAUGGAACAUGGCUAAACUCUGACAAUGGCCUCGUGAACGGAAAGCUGUCGAUUCCGAGUAACGUCACGCGGAUAUCGAGAGCUAUUAAACCUGUCAGUCAAGAUGGUAUUCCCCAAAUAGUGUACUAUCACUUCGGCGUUGGGACUCAAGGCGGUCUUGUAGAUCGCGUUGUGGGUGGUACUCUUGGAGAAGGUCUCGGGGACGCUGUCCGAGAAGGCUACUCUUUCCUGGCCAACAACUACCAUCCCGGUGACGAAAUCUUCCUGCUUGGAUUCUCUCGAGGCGCUUUCACAGCACGUAGCAUCGCUGGUCUUGUUGGAGAAGUAGGGCUUCUCACCAAAAAGGGAAUCCACGCUCUACCCGAAGUUUUCAAAGACGUUCAGCAUCGCCGAGAUCCAAAGUAUAUUGCUAAGAAUCCAAAUGUCCCCUUUCCUAAUAAACCUAGCGCAGACGAUCCUAGAUAUGUAGACGAGUUAACAAGAAGAGGUUUGACUAGACUCGACAUACCGAUUAAAGCUAUCGGAGUGUGGGACACUGUGGGGAGCUUGGGUACGCCAAGAGUUGGAUGGUUGACGAAAGUUGGUUUGCAAAGCAACGAGUCCAAAGAGAUGAGUUUCUACGACACGAAACUCUCUCCUAACAUCGAGAAUGCAUUCCAAGCGCUUGCGCUGGACGAAAAGCGUAGUGCCUUUUCUCCUGCCCUAUGGGAGAAGCCAGAAAGAAAUCGGACGACAUUGCGUCAAGUCUGGUUCCCAGGUGUGCAUAGCAAUGUCGGAGGAGGCUACGAUGAUCAACAGCUAGCAAACAUCACAUUGGCAUGGAUGAUGAGCCAACUCGAACCAUUUUUAGAUAUGAGAGACCAGUAUCUACUAGACGAAGAUCACGAGAACGACAAGUAUUACCGUAAGAACCGACAGGAGAUAAGGCCGUGGUCAUUUGGGGAAAUCUUUAAUUCCAUGACCGGUCUGUAUGCCAUAGGAGGCGGACAACACCGCACACCCGGGCUCUACCACGCCGUCGACCCCUCGACCGGUCGCACAACCUCCCGUCCUCUCCGCCUAACAAACGAAUACAUCCACCCAUCAGUCCGCACACGGAUCCGCCUCAACGGCCCAGGUGUCGACGACAAAGGCAUCUACGAAUGCCGCGCUCUAACCGAUAACUACAAACUCGUUGUCGACUACGGCCCACGCUCCAAAUCCGACGCCGACAUCUUCUGGAAACUGAAAUUCAAGGACUCAGAUGGCGCGCGCGUGCUACCCGAAGCCCCUCUCUGGAGACUCGAGAGAGAGCUUGCGAGGAGGGAUCCAGAGACUUACGAUUAUGUUAAGAAGCCCCCGGCAACGGUAUCUGGGAAGAAGAAGAAGAGUGUGAGGCCGUUGAGUGCGGAUAUGGGGGCUGCGGCGAUGGCGGGGAGGAACAGGAGUAGAGGCGGUGGAGGUGGGGGAGGGAAGGAGAGGAGGAGUUUUGUGGAGAGUGAGAAGAGGAGUCGGGCGAGGAGUUUGGAUAGGGAGACAGAGGUUAGAGAGAGUAUGCCUCAUCGAAGGCAGAAAGAUAAGGCGUGGUGGGAGGGAGAGAAGAAUACAAGGAAGGGAACCUUAAGGGUUUGAAAGGUAUGUUAGUUUUGGAGAGAUAUAGUU